AUUCGGCUGGGAUAUCGCAUCUCAUCUUUAGACAUUUGUAGAUAUUGUAUUUCACCGUUUAUUGAAACUGUGAGACGUGGCUCGGCUCAGUUGGAUUUUUUCACUUACUGUCUCUCAAACUACGUCACCAGCCAGCGCCUUUGCGAACUUGGCCAGCAUCGGGAACCUGACUCAUCUCGAGUUCGUCUCAUUCCAUCUCAUCUCAUUCUCUUUCACGUAGACCAACCCAAUACACACACACAACUCAUCAACUCACCAUGGCGUUCACCAUGCACUCCCACUCGGGGCAAUUCUGCCCCGGCCACGCAAAGGACCAGCUCGAGGCCAUCAUUCAGCAUGCCAUCAGUAUUGGCUACAAGACCAUGGGUCUGACGGAGCACAUGCCCCGUCUAGAGAUCGGGGAUCUCUAUCCUGAAGAGCUCGAAGAAGGAGACCCCCAAACAGCCCUCUCCAUCCUCGCCCCCCGUCACGAAGCCUACCUCGCCGAAGCCCAGCGCCUGCGCGAAAAGUACGCCCCGCAAAUCGACCUCCUCAUCGGCUUCGAGGGGGAGUGGUACCGCCCGGCCUACGGUCCUUUCAUCAAGUCUCUCGCGUCCCACCCGGCGGUGGACUACUUUAUCGGGUCGCUGCACCACGUUAACGCCAUCCCCAUUGACUACAGCCGGGACAUGUACGUCGAGGCGAUGAAGUCGGCCGGCCCCGACGAGGAGAGCAUGUACGCGCGGUACUACGACCAGCAGCACGAGAUGCUGACGGCGCUGGAGCCGCGCGUGGUAGGCCACUUUGACCUCGUGAGGCUCAUGAGCGAGGACCCGGGGAGGGACGUGAGGCAGUGGAAGGGGGUAUGGGAGAAGAUUGUGAGGAAUCUGGAGGUCGUCAAGGGGUACGGGGGCUUGUUGGAGUGUAAUAGCAGUGCGUUGAGGAAGGGUCUUGAUGAGCCUUAUCCGUGUCGGCCUAUUGCAGAGGCAUGGUUGGCGAUGGGUGGACGCUUCACAUUCUCAGACGACAGCCACGGUAUCGCACAGGUCGCGACGAAUUAUAAGCGUAACGUCAACUACCUCGAGAGCCUGGGAGUCCAGCAGGUUUUCACGUUUGAGCGUGGGCCGGUGGAGGGGGUGAACGGAGACGCCAAGGCCGUGUUGCGGGAAAAGGGCGUUGCGUUGGCGGCGUUUCGGGAAAACUUCAACUAGAGGAGGCGAGGUGCGAUAGAAUUGUAGACGAAGAAGAAGUGGGAGAAAAGGAACGAACUGGUGCAGAGAAUAGACGUAGAGGUGUGAGAUAGAUGAACGUUUUGGCAAAGGCCCCACGCAUGCUGGGUUUCAUUAUUACUCAUGGUGUAACUUCCUGGUAUUAAGUACCCCUGUGAUCGAUGUUGAAAGCCACUGGGUCGCUGUUUAUCAGAGUAAACCAAGCAGGAAGGUAUGAAACUUGUGAAGUGAGGCGCAGGUGAUGA